UCUAUGGAGAACAGAUCUGAAGUAGAUGAAUUCAUCCUUACAGGAAUAACAGAGGAUCCAGAGCUUCAGGUUCCUCUCUUCAUAAUGUUCACUCUCAUCUACCUGAUCACCCUGGUAGGGAAUCUGGGGAUGGUAGCUCUGAUCUCCUGGGAUUCCUACCUCCACACCCCAAUGAAUUUUUUCCUCAGUAAUCUCUCUUUAGUGGAUGUUGGCUACUCCUCAGCUGUUACCCCCAAGGUGAUGGCUGGGCUCCUCACAGGGGACAAAGUCAUCUCCUAUAAUGGAUGCGCUAUGCAGUUGUUCUUCUUUGGGGCCUUUGCUACUACAGAAAGUUUCCUCUUAGCCUCCAUGGCCUAUGAUAAUCAUGCAGCUGUGUGCAAGCCACUACAUUACGCCACUGCCAUAACUUCAACAGUAUGUGCCUAUCUGGCCAGUGGUGCUCACAUCUGUGGCUUUUUGACUUCUUUGGUAAUCAUAGGAAACACUUUUAGCCUUUCCUUCUACAGAUUCAACAUAGUCCAUCACUUUUUCUGUGAUAUUCCCCCUCUCCUAGUUCUCUCUUGCUCUGAUACUCACAUCACUGAGUUAGUACUCUUUAUCUUAGGGUCAUUCACUGUCUUUUUCCCGUUUCUUGUCAUCUUUGCUUCAUACUUACUAAUCUUCAUCACCAUCCUAAGGAUCCAUUCUGUUGAAGGCCGCCAGAAAGCCUUCUCCACCUGUUCUUCCCACCUCACAGCCAUGUCUAUAUUUUACGGGACAAUCAGCUUCAUGUACCUUCAACCCAGCUCAAGUCAUUCAAUGGACAUAGACAAAAUGGUGUCUAUAUUCUACGCCAUGGUCAUCCCCAUGCUGAACCCUCUGGUUUAUAGUCUGAGGAACAAAGAGGUCAAGAAUGCUUUCAGGAAAGUUCUGAGUGGACAAAGACUUCAAUUAGAUCGUCUUUUUUCUUAG